ACCUUUGGUGAGCUGGGCAUGCGUAGUCGGAGGACCGGGCCUCUCCAGUUGGGGCGGAACCUCUCGUGGUGGGGCGGGGCUUAUGGGAAGAUGGACAGCGCGGCCAGGGCUAGAAAAGGGGCGUGGCCCGAGGGGCGGGACCUCGGGUGGCCCGAGGUGGCCCGGCUCCUGGGUCCGAAGCUGCCGCAGUCAGAGUCCUCUUGGCCACGGGAUGGCGUCCCCGCGGGAGCUGACCCAAAACCCCCUGAAGAAGAUCUGGAUGCCCUACAGCAACGGGCGGCCCGCUCUGCACGCCUGCCAGCGCGGGGUUUGCAUGACCAACUGCCCAACGCUCAUUGUCAUGGUGGGCCUGCCUGCCAGGGGCAAGACCUACAUCUCCAAGAAGCUGACCCGCUACCUGAACUGGAUCGGGGUGCCCACUCGGGAAUUCAAUGUCGGCCAGUAUCGCCGGGACAUGGUCAAGACCUACAAGUCCUUUGAGUUUUUCCUCCCAGACAAUGAAGAGGGCCUGAAAAUCAGGAAGUUCUGGCCUUUUCCCCCAGCAUCUGCACUGGACCCUGAGUUCCCUCCCAGAUUCUUCCUGGCGCUUCAGAAUGGAGUUUUUGAUGCAACCAAUACUACUCGAGAGCGGAGAGCGACGAUCUUCAACUUCGGGGAACAGAAUGGCUACAAGACGUUCUUCGUGGAGUCCAUCUGUGUGGACCCGGAGGUCAUAGCUGCCAACAUCGUGCAAGUGAAGCUGGGCAGCCCCGACUACGUGGACCGGGACAGUGACGAGGCCACCGAAGAUUUCAUGAGACGAAUUGAGUGCUAUGAGAACUCCUACGAGUCGCUGGAUGAGGACCUGGACAGGGAUCUGUCCUAUAUCAAGAUCAUGGACGUGGGGCAGAGCUACGUGGUGAACCGAGUGGCCGACCACAUCCAGAGCCGAAUCGUGUACUACCUCAUGAACAUCCACGUGACGCCCCGGUCCAUCUACCUGUGCCGGCACGGGGAGAGUGAGCUCAACCUCAAGGGCCGGAUUGGUGGGGACCCAGGACUGUCCGCUCGGGGCCGGGAGUUCGCCAAGCGCCUGGCUCGGUUCAUCAGCGACCAGAACAUCAAGGAUCUGAAGGUCUGGACCAGCCAGAUGAAGAGGACGAUCCAGACGGCGGAGGCGCUGGGUGUGCCCUACGAGCAGUGGAAGGUCCUCAACGAGAUCGACGCGGGUGUCUGCGAAGAAAUGACCUACGAGGAGAUUCAGGAUCAUUAUCCACUGGAGUUUGCCCUGCGGGACCAGGACAAGUACCGGUAUCGGUACCCCAAGGGGGAGUCCUAUGAGGACCUGGUGCAGCGGCUGGAGCCUGUUAUCAUGGAGCUGGAGAGGCAGGAGAACGUGCUGGUCAUCUGCCACCAGGCUGUGAUGCGCUGCCUGCUGGCCUACUUCCUCGACAAGGCGGCGGAACAGCUGCCCUACCUCAAGUGUCCGCUGCACACGGUCCUGAAGCUCACCCCUGUGGCCUACGGUUGUAAAGUGGAGCCCAUAUUCCUGAACGUGGCGGCUGUGAACACGCACCGCAACAGGCCGCAGAAUGUGGACAUCUCUCGGCCUCCGGAGGAAGCCCUCGUCACAGUCCCCGCUCACCAGUGACCGCGUCUCAUCCACUGCGAUGCCUGGGCGGGCGUAGAUGUCUGUG